AUGUCCCUCCAAUCCCCACUCUUUGCUCCGUUGCCGGCGCUCGUCGACCGUGACGACGCACGGCCAACAUCGACAGCGCCCAGCAAUCUUAGCUUGCAACUCCACGCCCUACCACCCGCACCCCUUCCUCUCUCAAUGCGCUUCUACGAUCAUGAAUCGAGCACCACUACAAGCACCCGAGAUUCUUCUCCGUCGUCGUAUGCCCCUUCGGUAUACCACCAUAGCCCGACCAGCAGCGCUAGUGCUUCACCAUUGGUCUUAUCCCUCUCGCCCCAUACAUCAUCCUCGACACUACCAGGCCUGAGCUAUCCCUCAUCGAAUGCUAGUGGGCCUUCGAUAGACCUCAGCAGUUUGAUUCCGCUGGACUCGUUCGGCGUUGCGGAGCCGUUGACAUCGUUUGGCGGCGUGUCCGAUGACUGGACAUCUUACGGCUUUCAGAGUCAUGACCAUCGUACCCUUCCACCGCUCCACUGGGCGGACUUCGGCGGUUACAACCCAUACACAACCCCAUCUUCGCCGUACAGCGCCUCUGACGCCACGACUUCGUCUGGCUCAACAUCCCCCUCCAGUUACUUCCUCUCCCCAUCAACAAACACCGCCCCAACCCUUCCUCCCGUUGCUCCUUCUCGCUCGCGUGGGCCAGCACUAAACCCUGACGGCACUCCCGCCAAGAAGGAGUGUUUCCACUGCCAUGUUACCACCACUCCGCUGUGGCGACGGGAGCCUCAAACGCAGCGCCCACUAUGCAACGCAUGUGGGCUUUACCUCCAACAACGCAACAAACUCCGUCCCCAAGAGCUCAUCGACGCUGACCGGGACGAUUCGGACGACGAGAUCAAUCGGAUCCCCGACAGCGAGUAUACUGGGCCCAAAUGCAGCCACUGCUUAACGCGGCAGACAAGUGUUUGGCGGAGGAAUAAGGCCGGCCAGCAGGUCUGCAAUGCAUGCGGGGUCUACCAACGGCUGCGGGGCAAGGAGCGUCCAUUGAGCCUGAGGAGAAAUAAAAUCAAGCCACGCACGAAGCACACUCGGUAA